AAAAUUAUCACCGCUGGAUCCGGACAUAGAACAUCUGGACAGCACAUCCCAAAGAGCCUUAAAAACCGAGGAAGCGUUGAGAGCUUCCACAGAGUUUCACUUCAGGAUGACUUCAGCACAUGUUCUGAAGGCUCUGUGCCUGCUGAUGCUUUUCUCCAUGGUCAAUUCUCAGCAGGGCUACAUGUAUGAAACCGGUGAGGAUUGGGUGAAUACCUGGCGCCAGGGCUUCAACUUUCAGUGUCCCCAUGGUGAGCUCUUAGUGGCAAUCAAGAGUUACUUCAGUGAGAAAGAAGGCUCGGACCGCCUGUGGAACUUUGAGUGCCAGAGAACUCCCUACGACUGGGGAGAGCCUAGCGAAUGCUGGUGGGACGAUAUCAACAGAGCCGGGAUGGAAUGGUCCUCAGUUUGCACUAACAAUGGGCUUGUUGCUGGCAUUCAAAGUCAGUACUUUGAAGCAGUUCUGGAUCGAGAAUGGCAGUUCUACUGCUGUCGAUAUGCCCGCAGAUGCCCGUAUUCCUGCUGGAAGACGUCUGAUGUUCCAGAGUACCACAGAGAAGAGGGAGAGAUGGUAAUUCCCAGUUACGGCUACUUCAUAAGGGGGGCUCAAACUACUUUCAGUGGUGUACUGAGGGAUCGGCAGUGGAAGUACAUCUUGUGCCGAAUGACAGACUUUGAUUGUCAGUUUGAAAACUUCUAAACUGCAUUUAUCGCUUAUUGUUCUUAUCGACACAUGACCACAUGAACGUCACCACAAGAGCAUUUAAUAGCACUCACAGAAAACAUAUGACAUUUUUUUAUUAGUUUACCAGUUUACAAAUUAUUGUUUUAAUCUGUCUGUAAGUGAGCAUGGACUGCCAUUUUCUCAUAUUUUGCAGUUAUUUCUAUGUUUACAAAUAAUUUGUAAUCAUUUUAAAAUAUAAAAUAUCCAGCAAAAAGGAACGAAAACAUUUUUAUAUUGUUAUGUUUUUUGAAUACGCUGCAUACAUACACACAUUUAUGCAACCAUAUUAUAAAAACUGCAUGAAGGUAACAGUUUUAACGCUUUGAGUAUAUCGAUCAACACUAUUAUAUAGCAGUGUGACCAUUUACAUCACCUUACCACACUAAAAACACCUUUGCUGACAAUUAAAAAUGUUGCUAUAAAAUUUGCAAUGUAUUUUUGAAUGGUUGUUGAAUGGUUGACUAUUUUGGUAAACUUUUAAAUCAAGGUCUCUCAACCACUCAGAUGAAGCCUAUAACAUACUGAAUUUUUUGAAAACAAAAAACAAAAAACAAAAAAACAAAUAAAGCACAGGUUUCUCCCAUG